AAAUACUGAGAGUUUUGGCUACACUGCACAAGUACCUGUUCUAAAUUCAAAAAGCGAAGAUGUACAAGUUCUUGGCACUUACGGCUCUACUGGCGGUGGCUUCGGCCGACCCCAUCGGUCUCCUUAAGCAGGCUCACCCCCUGAGCCCCAACGGACGUAUCGUCGGUGGCGCCCCCACUACCAUCCAAAAGGUACCAUACCAGGUACUGAUCCGCGUCUUCGGAACGGCCCUCUGCGGUGGCAGCAUCAUCUCCGAUAACUGGGUCGUGACUGCAGCUCACUGUAGCGUAUUCCCAACCAACUGGUACACCAUCCGCGCUGGUUCCACCUUCUCCAACAGAGGCGGCACCGUCCACUCUCUCGCGGCGAUCAUCACCCACGACAACUACUACAGCACCUCAGAAGGAAUUCCAGUUAACGACGUCAGUCUGUACCGUCUCGUCUCCAGACUCACCCUUGACUCCACCCGUCAGCCAAUCCCACUUUUCAACUCUGGCGAGAGCGCAUCGGUCGGUGCCAUGGCCGUCAUCACCGGAUGGGGUGAUCUCACUCAGGACGGCAGCACCCCCACUGUUCUUCAGACCGUCAGCGUCCCCAUCGUCUCCAAAAGCUCCUGCAACAGUACCUACAGUAUGUGGGGCGGUCUUCCCGCUGGUCAAAUCUGCGCUGCAUACCCUGAGGGUGGCAAGGACGCUUGUCAGGGUGACUCUGGCGGCCCACUUGCCAUCAAUGGCCGUCUUGCUGGUAUUGUAUCAUGGGGUAACGGAUGCGCCCUCCCUGGACUCCCUGGUGCCUACACUGAGAUUGCUGCCUUCCGUGACUGGAUUAUGACCAACUCUGGUGUAUCCGACCCCGUCGUUCUCCUUAAACAGGCUCACCCCCUGAGCCCCAACGGACGUAUCGUCGGUGGCGCCCACACUACCAUCCAAGAGGUACCAUACCAGGUAGUGAUCCGCGUCUUUGGAUCGGCCAUAUGCGGUGGCAGCAUCAUUUCCGAUAACUGGGUCGUGACUGCAGCUCACUGUAACGAUUACCCAACCAGCUGGUACACCAUCCGCGUUGGUUCCACCUUAUCCUACACCGGCGGCAGCGUCCACUCUCUCGCGGACAUCAUCAACCACGACAACUACCACAGCACCUCACAUGGAAUUCCAGUUAACGACGUCGGUCUGUACCGUCUCGCCUCCAGAAUCAAAUUUGACGGCAACCGUCAGCCAAUCCCACUUUUCAACUCUGGCGAGAGCGCAUCGGUCGGUGCCAUGGCCGUCAUCACCGGAUGGGGUAGACUCACUGAGGGUGGCAGCUCCACCAUUAUCCUUCAGGCCGUCAGCGUCCCCAUCCUCUCCAAAAGCUCCUGCGACAGUGCCUACAGUACGUGGGGCGGUAUUCCCGCUGGUCAAAUCUGCGCUGGCUAUCCCGACGGUGGCAAGGACGCUUGCCAGGGUGACUCUGGUGGCCCACUUGCCAUCAAUGGCCGUCUUGCUGGUAUUGUAUCAUGGGGUAAUGGAUGCGCCCGCCCUGGAUUCCCUGGUGCCUACACUGAGGUUGCUGCCUUCCGUGACUGGAUUUCGGCCAACUCUGGUGUAUAAACAUCUUCGUUUUUUUAGGCACGACUGCAUGGACCAUGCGGAAGUGCGUCGUUUGACUGAACAUCACUUGACUGAUUAUAAUGACAGUGUACCCAUAAUCUGAUUGUAACUAUGCAUCCCCUAUUGGAUAAACUAUUUAAUUCGAUUUUUCCAAAUAAAAUGACUUACUCAAUAAUGUCAA